AUGAUUUCCAAUUUCCAUCAGUCCUCGGGUCCCUAUGAGAAUCCCGGCUCUUCGUAUUAUACCUUUGAUGCAGAGCCAUCGGCAAAGGCUCCCACCGCCGCCACUAAAAAGACGAAGAAGAAGAGUCGAAUCUUUGGAUUGGGCAAAUCGAAAAAUAAGAACAAAAAGGCGAAUACCAGCAUGCCGGCUUUGGAUGACCAAUCUACCAUGACGGGACAAUCUUUGACGUAUUCCACAUCCGCAGCGUCCUACCAAACAACUGGAGAAUCGACCGACUCUUCUGGGGGUGCCUUUGGUGAAAUCCUCAAGUUGCUGGACGAAGAAGAAAGGUUGGAAAUGAAGGAAAAGCACAAACGUCGGUAUUCCAGUGAUCGAUCCACCACAUCCUCUCUGGCCUAUUCGGAAGGUGCAACCACCCUGAACUAUAGUGAGGAUGGAGAUAUGUCAUUCUUGGAAGGCACCAAAUUGUUGGGAAUGUUGGAAGCACCACCGCAGCCUGCUGGCGGGGCCCAACACGAAGACGAAGAAGAGAAUAAGGAAUAUAUGAUUUCUCCCAAGAAGACUCCCGUUAUAAACAACAAAAAGGCCACGAAAACCCAGAACGAUGGUAGACAAUCUCAUCAUAAUGCUCGUGAGAAUAGUGUGGUUCGACAAGACGAGAGGACGAGGGAGCGCGAAGUGUUGGAGGUGGACGAUGAUCCUGUGUCGUCAACUUCCAAUCGAUGGAUGUGUGGGAUAGAUUUUGGAGAUGCUGGUUCGGUUCUCCGACCAUUUUUGUGUUUUUAA